AUGUUUGUAAUCCAAGCAACAGUAUUCAUAAAUCUCGUAUUGUUACCAUUCGCAUCAUGGGCUCGUGGAACAGGUUCGAUAUAUAGUUCACCUAAUAUGGAUAAAAAUUGUAAUAAAACAAUAACAUUAAAUGGCGAUAAAUUACCGGGAACAUUUUUCAGUUUAAGUUCAGGAAAUUAUGAACAAAAUCUGAAUUGUUCUUUAACAAUAAAGGCACCGACGCAAAAUCAACGAAUUAUACUUGUUAUUGAUAAAAUGGAUAUUUCAUGUGAUGGUGAUACAAUAAAGAUAUAUGAUGGAAAAAUAGAUACAACAACUAUCUUGAACAAGAAUCAAUCACAACAAUGUGGAAUAACCAAACCUUAUUUUCGAACAAUAAAUUCGAAUACAGCCAUUAUACAAUUCACAUCCAAUGCUGACGGCAAAGUUGGAAGUGGUUUCGUCAUAAACGUGGCAAUUAACUUUCCUGUGGCUACAUGUUCACGAAAUGAUAAUUUAUAUCGCUGUAAAAACAAGUAUUGUAUAUCAAAUUUAUUCAAUUGUGAUGAUCGAAAUUGGUGUGGUGAUAAUACUCAAUCAUUUGUUUGUCGCUAA